CUGCCACCUCAUUCCACAGUCGGCAGUCGGCAAGAAACCGCCCAGUGUUCGCCCUCCUUCUUACCGCCCAUAAUGAGCUCGCAGGACGGCGCCGGCCGCGCAUCCGAGGACAAGAAUGGCGAUGGUGUGUACGUGACCAAGAAUCGCUCGCUCUUCUCCAUGUGGCUACACGGCAAGGCGAUUCCGAGCCGUUCUGGUCCGGCCGUAGUAUUCCGCUCGGCCGACGUGAUUCAGGAAGGGUAUUUGCUGAAACAGGGUCUGCGACUCAAAAUGUGGUCGCGCCGCUACUUCAUAUUGCGACUCGAAGAGCGGCACAUGACUCUGGGGUAUUAUACCAGCAAGGACUCUCUAACUUUAUGCUCCGAGACGCCCAUCGGACCGGGACACUUGUUGGGACACGUCAACACGGCCAAAUACCCGCGUCGUAUCGAACUGCGCUGCGGCACGAAGGUCAUGACACUCGAGGCAGAGGACCAGAAAUCCUACGAGGCCUGGAAGAAUGCCCUCCAAGAAGCGAUACGCUGGAACCACGCCAUGGUGCCGACAAAAGAUGGCAGUUUUGUUACCUACGGGAAGCAAGCGACCGAGGAUUUAAAACAGGAGGAACGCAGUCGUGCCGAGGCGGCCAAGAAGCUGCGCGAGAAGCAGCGAGCCGACGAGGCAGCCGCAGCCGCCAACGCCGCUAAUAAACCCAAGUACCUGCCAGCCACACGCCCCGGGACGCAAUGCUUUAUGACGUCCAAUACAAGAUUUGAGAUUCCCUCUCAUUUCGAAUAUGUCAAAACGAUCGGCUCCGGCGCCUACGGAGUGGUAAUCUCCGCUACGAACACCAAAACAGGCACCACCGUGGCCAUUAAGAACAUCCAGCGCGCGUUUGACGACCUCACCGAUGCUAAACGCAUUGUACGCGAGAUUAAACUCAUGCGCCACUUGAACCACAAGUGCGUUCUGGGCGUAGAGGACAUUUUCGAGCCUGUGGCGCUCUCCAAGUUCGAAGACGUGUACAUUGUGUCCCAGUUGAUGGCUACAGAUCUACACCGCGUCAUCUACUCGAGACACGCGCUCUCGGACGAACACAUCGCCUUCUUCAUGUACCAGAUGCUCUGUGCGAUGAAGUACGUGCACUCGGCCAAUGUGAUCCACAGAGACCUGAAGCCUUCGAACGUACUGGUAAACGCCAAUUGCGAGCUGAAAAUCUGCGAUUUCGGCCUGGCCAGGGGCGUUUUCCCCGAAGAGGAGCUGGAAUUGACAGAAUACGUAGUCACGAGAUGGUACCGUGCACCGGAGAUUAUGCUGGGGUGUAUGAAAUACACUCGUGAGGUGGAUGUCUGGUCCAUGGGCUGUAUCUUCGCUGAGAUGAUGUCACGUAAGCCACUUUUCCCCGGACAGGACUAUAUCGAUCAGCUGCACUUGAUCAUGAACGCUCUGGGGGCUCCAAAUGACCAGGAUCUGUACUUCUUGACCAACGCUCGUGCUCGUAAGUUCAUGAACGCGGAGUUCCAGAAGCGCGGACCCAACCCGACGAAGCCUCUGGCUCAUAUGUUCACAGACUCGCCUCCAGAUGCACUGGACUUGUUGCAGAAGAUGCUGGUGAUUGACCCGAACAAGCGAAUUAGCGUGGACGAGGCUCUGGCUCACCCGUAUUUGGCUUCGAUUCGCAAUGUGGAGGACGAGACCAUCGCCACUUCAAGCUUCGAUUUCGACUUUGAGAACGAGAAAUUGACCAAACUAGUGCUGCAGAGACUGAUCUGGGACGAAAUGAGGCAUUUCCACCCUGAAGUGGGUGAGGAGACAGCGACAGAGGGAGAUGACAGCAGUGUUGCUACCACACAGGCGUCUAUUACACCCGUGACGCCUGUGACUCCCGCUACGGCAGAGCAGGACACAGAGACUACAAGUGACAGUUCGGACAUUGCUGUGAAGGUGUCAACGCCGGCUGCAGAGGAAGCCAAGCCAGAGGACGAAGACGGGAGCUCCAAUAGUGACAAAAUCGAUAGGACAGGCAAACUCACAGACGCUCAGACACGACAAGAGGCUGGCGAACCAGCUCGGGAAGUCGCAUAGGUGCAGAGCGUUGGGAACUCCGUCGAUGUUGGCCGUGCAUAUCGCUAUCACAAAUAUGACAAUAGACUGCAAAAUUUGACUUUAAUAGCGCCA